AUGACUUCUGUCGCUGAAGGUCUCUUCAAGUCUUUGCCGAAGCCGAAAUACACCGGCGAAGAUGAAGAGUUGCCUGCGCACGCCCAGCCUCGCGGCCCUCGCGUGCUGGGCGCCGGUGCGCUCGACGAGACCCAGGUCGUAGUGAGGAAAUCUGGCCCACCCCCAUACGGUCAGCGAAAAGGAUGGCGACCACGCGCCCCCGAGGACUUUGGCGACGGUGGCGCGUUUCCUGAAAUCUUGGUCGCGCAGUACCCCCUGGACAUGGGUCGGAAAGGCACAUCAACAACCUCGAAUGCCAUCCCCGUGCAGGUCGAUGCGGAAGGAAAAGUCAAGUACGACGCCAUUGCCCGGCGGGGUCACAGCGAGAACCGCAUCGUCCACGCCUCCUUCAAGGACCUCAUCCCCCUGCGCCAGCGGGUAGACAUGGGCGAAAUCUCCCUCGACCGCCCGUCGGAGGAGGAAGUUGCAGAACAGAUGGAAAAGACGAAAAAUGCACUGGAGAAAUUGGUGCAGGGAGCGGUCGCCUCCCAGAGGCCGAAGAACAUCAAGGGCAACAAGAGAGCAGAGCCUACCUUUGUCCGGUAUACGCCCGCGAACCAGAUGGGAGAUACGAGCCGGAAGAACGACCGUAUUGUGAAGAUCGUGGAGAGGCAACAGGACCCGAUGGAGCCGCCCAAGUUCAAGCACAAGAAGAUUCCUCGAGGACCGCCAUCCCCACCGCCACCCAUCAUGCAUUCCCCGCCGCGGAAACUGACUGCAGAGGACCAGGAGGCCUGGAAGAUCCCUCCGCCGGUUUCCAACUGGAAGAACCCCAAAGGUUACACGAUCCCGCUGGACAAGCGUCUGGCCGCCGAUGGCCGUGGCCUGCAGGACGUGACGAUCAACGACAAAUUUGCGCAGUUUGCAGAGGCGCUGUUCACCGCAGACAGACACGCCCGUGAGGAAGUGCGGCUGCGGGCGCAGAUGCAGCAGAAGCUGGCCGAGAAGGAGAAGGCCCAGAAAGAGGAGCAUCUCCGCAUGUUGGCGCAGAAGGCACGCGAAGAGCGGGCUGCGGCGGCAGCCGGCCGACGGGCGUCUCGUACUCGCUCUCGUUCUGUCAGUGGCAGCCGCAGCCCGUCGCCGUACUCGUCGCGGUCGGCCACGCCCAGCGAGGAUGAAGAGGCGGCGCGGGAGCGGGAUCGUCUGCGUCGCGAGCGCCGUCAAGAGAUGGAACGACAGCUCCGUCAGUCGCGGAUGGGCGCGGAGCGGCGGAUCCAGGUGCUGGCGCGGGAGCAGAACCGCGACAUCUCGGAGAAGGUGGCGCUGGGCCUGGCGAAGCCGACGCAGAGCGCCGAGUCGAUGUACGAUUCGCGGUUGUUCAACCGGACCAGCGGCCUGGAAGCAGGCUACAACGAAGACAACCCGUACGACAAGCCGCUGUUUGCCGCGCAGGACGCGAUCAACAGCAUAUACCGGCCGCGGGCGCAGGUGGAUGAAGACGACGAAGAGGCGGCAGCGAACGAGAUGAGUCGGAUACAGAAGAGCAAUCGAUUUGAAGUACUAGGCAGGGCGAAGGAAGGAUUCAAGGGCGCAGCCGAAGCUGAGGCACGAGACGGGCCCGUCCAAUUCGAGAAAGACACAACCGACCCAUUCGGAAUCGACAGCAUGAUCGCCGACGUGACUGGCGGCGGCGGCGGCGGCGGCGGAGCAGGCCAGAAGCGCUAUGGCAUCCAAGAAGCCGACCGCGAGCGCGAGGACCGGUCGAAACGAGCGAGGGUAGAUGAUGAGUGA